CACACGCACACUCACACACGACGGGCUUCUUUCAGUUUCCGUCUAUCAAAUCCACUCAAGGUAUUGGUCAGCUCGACGCCGUAGAAGACAUUUGCCCAAGGUGCCAUGCAGUGGGACUAAACACGGAACCAUGUGGUUGGUAAGCACAAAUUUAGCUGAUAUUUUUAGGGAGUCGAAAAACCGUUAAAGCGCAGGUUUUUUCAGUUGAACGUUUACUUUAUGCUAUGUGUACUUUAUCCCUACAUCUAGCACACACCUUUCGUCUCCUACAUUAGUAGUUGUCAUGAAGUUUUCCACAUGACUGACUGCUUGAUUGAAAUCAGAAGCCCACCUACUGAUACAUGCAUGCAUACAUACAUACAUACAAGUGUGUGUAUGUGUGGGGGUGUAGGUACGCACACACACACACACAUACAAAACUUAAAUAGAAGGCAACCUACAUUUAAAAACAACAGCAGUGCUGGUAGUAGUAGUGUGUAUAUGGAUGUGUGUGUGCGUGUGCGCGCGCGCAUCUGUGGGUUAGAAACGAAUGAAAAACUGAGAACAAGUUUCUGUUGAGAUAAUAUUAAUUUCUUGACCAAUGGUGCAUCAAAAUUACCAUCACAUGACAGGUAAAUCGUUAAAUCCAUGGUAACCAGGGCACCUACCUACUAUAUCAAAAGAAAAGAAAAAAGAAAAAAUCCUAUCAAGCAAAUGUUAUUCAGCGACUUCAAAUAUCAACCUGUUGACAUAACACUUAGCCACGUACUUUGUGUGAGUUCUAUAUACAAUCUGCUGUCUGGGACAUACACUGCUGUCACCAUUGAUACAAUCAUUACUGUUACAAAUAACCCGCUCAGGAAACUCUAUUAAAACUUUUAUUUUCUAAAUUUUAAAGUAUACAAAAACGGUAAAUAUAUUUUCAGUACACAUGCAAAUCUACUGGAAUAUCUUAGUCUUUUUUGCUACAAGCACUGUUUCUGUGCUUGGCGAUAUUAAGCAAGAUGUGGUCUACAAGUUCAGUUCUCUCACCUUCGAAUCAUUACAGGGAGUUUACAGUUCGUCAGAAAAUGUUGUUAAGGACAUUCAAGUCUACAAUGAUACAGUCUACGUAAGCAUACCACGGCUCACUCCAAAUGUUCCAGUAACGUUGGCUACUGUCGAGAAGAAAAACGAUAAAGUUGUGUUUAAACCUUUCCCAACCUUGAAAGAUCAAAAAUUAGGUGACUGCAAUGCUUUGCAAUCGGUCGGCGGAAUACGUGUUGUUCGUAAAACGAAUCUACUCUACGUAGCAGAUAAUAAAUACUUAGGGUGUAGUGCCAAACUAAUUAUUUUCGAUUUAGUCAAACGAUCAAUAAAAACGAGAUAUGAGUUUCCCAAUUCGGUUAUCGGUGAAAUAAAAAAUUCCACACAAUUUGAGGACAUUGUCGUCGAUGGUAAAGGUAAUGUGUACAUAGCAAAUGCUGGAACACCUGGUUCAAUCAUAGUCUACAUGAGUAAAAUGAAAAAAAGCUUCGUUUUCCAUGAUCGAAUAUUGGAGGUCGUCAAUCCUGUCACUUUCAAAUUUGGCAACGAUUCGUACAUUAUGAAUCAAAGUAUAAGUGAAAUGACGCUUUCACCCGAAGAUGAUUACCUGUUCUUCGUUACUCAUUAUAAGAAGACUGUCCAAGUCCCGACAAAAUCUUUUGAGGAUAUUUCAACCCGGAUGAGCUUGAAGAAAAUUCGUUCUAUUGGAACGAAAUUGGCGAAAGGAUUUGGCAUGUUGAUGGGGAGGAAGUACAUGUAUCUGACAGGUGUCGAGGAUAAAGCGCUGUAUAUCUGGGACCGCAAUGCUGACCUGGAGAAGCAGAAAAUUAUUGUCCAAUCUGCUGACCGUGUUAUCAUGGACACACAGAAAAAACUGAAAGUUAGCCCUGAGCUCUCCUUGCACCCAGGAAAGAUGUCUUUUGACAAUCAUGGGAACUUGUGGAUCAUAACUACAGAUUACCAGUUGUACUUCAGAAAUUCCUCUGAUGGUGAAGGCUAUGAGACAAAAAUUGUGAAACUAAAAGUUGAUGACUCAAGGGAAAAGCGAACUACUUCGACUGCAGCUUUGGACCGGAAGCUCCUUAUAUCAUUAAUAAUUGCCACGGUCAUGUUGUGCAUUGUUUUGUAGGCAUUGACAAAGAGUUAUGUUAUGACUAUUAGAAGAAGGAUGAAAAAGAGUAAAGUAGAAAGAGGAGAGAGAAUGUGAGUGUGUGUAUUUUAUUAUUUUUCAGAGUCUGCUGUUGUAGUUGUUGUUGCCUUGUUUCCAACAAGGGGAGUUUCAGAUGACACAGGUGAUUUUAGUUUUGACCAUAAAUUCAUAUACAUUACUUUAUCACCACCACCACCACCACCACCACCAUCAUCAUCAUCAAUUUAUGCCUGCUUUUUGCAUACUGACUUGAAUUGGAUUGUUCUAUUCCAGUACAAAUUCUUGUCACUCAUGAACAUCCUUUAUCGUCAGAUGCAUAACAACAACGCCAGACUAUUGCUUAUUUUAUUGUGCUAGCAUGGAUUUGUCCAGCAGUUCUCAAAUUGAGCAAAUACCAAGCUACCCACAGCAAAAAAAAAAAAAAGAAAGAAAGAAAGAA